GCUGGGCCUACAGUAUUAGCUUUUGAUGAAGUGUUAAGUGGUCCAUUAUCUAAAUUUGUAUCUUUGUCUGAUAAAUUAGACUCUGAUAUCAAACAUAUGGUAUCUCUGGUAGAAAAGAGUUUCAAGUCUCAGAAGAAUAUCAUUCAUAUUGCUGCUCAAUCUCAAAAACCAUCCAUGGAUGUUAUGCUUGAAAUUUUCAAACCUUUGAAUACGAACGUAGCUGAAGUUCAGAGUUUCCGAGAAUCCAAGAGAGCCAAAAGAGAGGUAGAGAACCAUCUGGCCUGUUUGAGCGAGUCUAUCGGAGCUCUAGGAUGGGUUGGAGUAGAACCAACACCAGUACCUUUUAUCAAGGAGAUGAAGGACAGUGGAGUCUUCUACAGCAAUAGAAUCCUGAAAGAGUUCAAAGAAAAAGAUGCCUCCCAAGUGGAAUGGGUAAAAGCCUGGAAUGCCACUCUGGAUGCUCUACAAGCUUACGUUAAGCAACAUCAUACCACUGGACUCACAUGGAACCCUAAGGUAAGCCUGCAAAUAAAUUCUAUGCUUACAAUCACUCCCCCUUCAGGAAAUGGUAAAGUUGCCAGUGCUGGUGGAGCACCCCCACCCCCUCCUGUAGCUGGUGUCCCUCCACCACCACCUCCUGGUGGUAUUCCCCCACCACCUCCUCCUGGAGCUCCUGGUCCAGCCUCUUCUGGUGGUGGAGUUGAUGCUUCAGCUCUCUUCAAUGACAUCAACAAAGGUUUUGAUGUAUCCAAAGGAUUAAAGAAAGUGACUGAUGAUAUGAAGACUCACAAGAACCCAGCUUUACGUCAAGGUCCAGCUCCCUAUAAACCACCUCUAGCCAGUAAACCAGUAAAAGGACCUUCUCCAACCAAAACUGUUAUUGCUGCCAAACCUCCAGUUCUUGAAUUACAGAACGGCAAGAAGUGGCUGGUGGAAUACCAGGUGGACAAUAAGGGUAUAGUGAUAGAUCAAACCCAGAUGAAACAGACAGUGUAUAUCUUUAAAUGUGUUAACUCCACCAUUCAAGUUAAAGGCAAAGUCAACUCCAUCAUUAUGGAUUCUUGUAAAAAAUGUGGUGUAGUAUUCGAUGACAUCUUGUCUUCCAUGGAGUUUGUCAAUUGCCAGAGUGUUCAGGGACAGGUUGUAGGUAAAGUGAACACUGUAAGUGUAGACAAGACAGAUGGCUGUAUGAUCUAUCUUAGUAAAGACUCUAUGGGAGCUGAAAUUGUUACUGCUAAAUCUUCCGAGAUGAACAUCUUGAUUCCUACUGAUGAUGGAGAUAUGAAGGAAUUCCCUCUUCCAGAACAGUUCAAGACAACUUGGAAUGGUAAAACUUUCCAAACCACCCUGACAGAGAGUGUGUAG